AUGUCCGACCUCAAAGCCUACCUGGCGGCAAACUACAUGUCAGGGCCAAAAGCAGAUGCUAUUUUAGCUCGAAGUGGCGAUCCUACAUCGAAGAAACGGAAAAAGAAGAAGAAAGAAGAAGACUACAUAGGCGGUGGUCAUAUCAAGGGAGAGGGUUUAGUCUUGCGUGAUGAAGAUGAAUUGAAAAGAGAAAACGACGAUGAUAUUGAUUUGGAUGAUCCUGAUGCUCCUGUCGUUGGUAAAGGAUUAGCAACAUUUCAAAAAUCAGAAUCGAAAUGGAAUACCGUAGCUUCAUCUUCUUCCCUUCGACCAUCUAUAACAACUUCUACUGAAGCUGGUCCUUCUUCUCCACCACCAUAUAUCAAACCUGAUCCUGACGCCUCACCCCCUCCCCCAGUUCAAAUCACCAAACGUAAAGGUGGUCUAAGAACAGCGGCUCAACUUCGAGAAGACGAAGAACAAGCUGCUGCUGCACGAUCACCCUCACCUGAACAAGAAGGUAGACCAGAUCCUACUCAAACUGUACAUCGUGAUGCCUCUGGAAGGAUCGUCGAUGUAAAGAAGUUGAAAGAAGAAGAGAAACGUAAAGCUGAAGAGGAAAAACGAAAGGCUAGGGAAAGGGAAGAAUGGACGAAGGGGUUAGUACAAAGAAAAGCAAGGGAAGAGAGAAGUAAAGAGGAGAGAGAAAUGGGUGAGAGGGAUGUGGCUAGGUAUGCGAAUGAUACGAGGAUGAAUAGGGAAAUGAGAGAGGUCGAAAGGUGGAAUGAUCCUGCUGCAGAGUUUUUAACGAAAAGAAAGAAAAAAGGUCCAAGACGACCAACUUAUAAAGGUCCAUACGGUCCUAAUCGAUUUGGUAUCCCACCUGGUUAUAGAUGGGAUGGUGUAGACCGAGGAAAUGGUUUCGAAGCGAAAUAUUUCCAGUAUCAGAAUACGGCUGCUAGGAGACAAGUGGCCGCUGAUCAAAUGACGGAAGAUGUAUGA